UUCCAGAACCCAGACAGAAUCGUGAGCAAGCGGGGGACACUGCACACAUCUUCGUUGCAUCUCCUACUUUGAUCACCACUUUAAAGGAGAAACAAGACGAGUUAUUAAGAUGCAGACCGGGCUGGCUAUCAGGCUCCUCCUCCUUGUCACCCUGCCACCUUUGGCACUCUCCGAUACCAAGCACAGCUCUAUGGACUCAGAAGAACCAGAACCCCUGGGUUCUCAGGGUCCAGUCGUGGUAAUUAUCGGUGCUGGAAUCUCUGGUAUUGCAGCAGCAGAGAAGCUGCACAAACAUUGCUUCCAAAACAUAAAGAUCUUAGAGGCUACUGGAAGAACCGGAGGCCGGAUCCGUACAGAGCGUUUUGCAAAAGGCCUGGUUGAGAUUGGCGCACAAUGGAUUCACGGACCAUCUCCAGGCAACCCAGUCUUUGAGCUGGCAUCUCAAUUUGGUCUUUUACACCCAGAUACUUUGCUUGAGGAGAAACAAAAAAUUAAAUGGGACGACCAACCCUCUUCCCUACCAGUUAUCUACAGUAGUGCAGGAAGAAAGAUCGACCCAGAAGUGAUGGCCAACAUUAUAGAGUUGCAUAACACAUGGGUGACUCAAGUCCGGAAUUUCACCAAUGGUGAUUGUGAUCCUGAAGCUAGUGUGGGACAAUUUAUCAGAGAAAAGAUUGUCCACAGCUCACAAGAAUGGGACAAAGAACAAACAAAAAAGAACAUGGCUUUCUUAGGGGCAUUGCUCAAAUUGGAAAGUUGUGUAACUUCAGCCCAUAGUAUGGACCAGGUGGCACUAUGCCCUUUUGGGGAAUAUACAAUGUUUCCAGGACUUGAUUGCACCUUUCCUAAAGGAUUUGAAAGUCUUGUGAACCACAUGAAGGCACCACUUCCAAGUGGCACUGUAUUACUGAACAAAGCAGUAAAGAGCAUUCACUGGCAUGGAUCCUUUCCUGGCAGCAACUCUCAUGUGUAUCCUGUGCAAGUGCAGUGUGAAGAUGGUGACAGCUUUGUGGCAGAUCACGUCAUUGUCACUGUUCCUCUAGGAUUUCUGAAGAAACAAUCAGUGGAUUUCUUCAGCCCUCCUCUUCCACCAAGCAAAUUGCAGGCUAUUAAGAAUUUGGGAUUUGGAACCAAUAAUAAAAUUGUGCUGGAAUUUGAAAAACCCUUUUGGGACUCAAACAGUACUCAUAUACAGAUUAUUUGGGAAGGAGAAUCUCCUCUUACUGAACCAAAGGAAGACCUGAAGCAGAAUUGGAUGAAAAAAAUUGCAGGAUUUGUUGUCCUCGAGCCACCUGAACAGAUGGGGCAUGUGCUCUGUGGAUUCAUUGCUGGAGAGCAGUCUAAAUAUAUGGAAACAUUAACAGAUGAAGAAAUUUUAUCAACAAUGACAGAUUUUUUCAGAAAAUUCACAGGGGAUCCUGAACUGCCUCCACCAAUCAGCAUGGUGCGUUCUCAGUGGCAUAGCCAGCCAUACACUGGUGGCUCUUACAGUUACGUAGCAGUGGGCAGCUCUGGCAUUGAUGUGGACAAUCUGGCAGAACCGCUACCCACAGACAAAGAAGUUCUCAAGCCAUUGCAGGUUCUUUUUGCUGGAGAAGCCACAGAAAGAAACUUCCAUUCGACAACACAUGGAGCUCUUAUGUCUGGUUGGAGGGAAGCACAGCGCUUGAUUGACAGAUAUUCAGAUCCUGGGGCCAAUGUUAGCAAAGCUAAGCUCUAAAGAUACAUAGUCAUCUAGAGUAAAAAAUACAGCUCUAGUUAUCAGUAAGGGCCACCGUGGUGGGGCCCUCAAUCAUACCUUUAUCACUUAAGAGUAUUCUGUGGUCUGCACCUCCUUGGUUGAUCUUCUGGGGCUAGGAAUUAAUACUUGACACAGAAGAGGGAUCCUAGUCGAGAAUUCACAUCUUCAAAGAGUAUGUCCGGUACUCAAAAAUGUUUGAUCAAAGGCCCAAACUGUAUUGAUCCUUCUAUAAUUUUAGUAGGCUAAAUAUUUUAUUAACCUUGAUGUUUGCUGUAAUUGUGUUAUGGCCUUAGGGAGGCAGUAGCUCAGUGACGAAAGGUGAAGCCUAUAAAAAAUAAAAGACUUUACACCAAAUCUGCUUGUGGUCUUGGUUACUGGACUCUCAGUGGUGUGUGUUCCCAAAUAGUUUCAUUCUUCAUGUGUCACGUGGAUAGGAGAUUAAUGGGUUAUCCCUUGGAACAACAUUUAAUAAUUACAUCCGUUUUACUGGUUGUAUUACAGAAAGAGAUUCUACACAUUUUUCUGUGAUCUUUGACUACUAACUUCAGAGGAUUACAUUAUAUAAUGCA